UUGUGUUACUUACAGGAAGUGAAUGUUGAGUUUGAAGCGUAUGCCAUCUCAGACAAUGAUUAUGACGGAAUUAAGAAAUUAUUGCAGCAGCUUUUUCUGAAGGCUCCUGUGAACACUGCAGAACUAACAGAUCUAUUAAUUCAACAGAACCAUAUCGGGAGUGUGAUUAAGCAAACGGCUGUUUCAGAAGACAGUGAUGACGACAUGGAUGAAGAGGAGAUUUUUGGUUUCAUAAGUCUCCUAAACUUAACUGAAAGAAAGGGGACCCAGUGUGCUGAACAAAUUAAAGAGUUGAUUCUGAGCUGCUGUGCAAAGAACUGUGACAAGAGCGUGGUUGAGCAGCUGGACAAGCUCUUGAAUGACGCCACCAGGCCCGUGGGCUUCCUCCUAAGUGAACGAUUCAUCAACGUCCCCCCACAGAUUGCUCUGCCCAUGCACCAGCAACUCCAGAAAGAACUGGCGGAGGCACACAGGACUAACAAGCCGUGUGGGAAGUGUUACUUCUACCUUCUGAUUAGCAAGACAUUUGUGGAAGCAGGAAAAAGCAAUUCCAAAAAGAAGAGCAGCCAAAGGAAAGCUGAGUUAAUGUUUGCAAAUGCAGAGGAAGAAUUUUUCUACGAGAAGGCAGUCCUGAGGUUCAGCUACUCGGUGCAGGAGGAGAGCGACACAUGUCUGGGCGGCAGGUGGUCCUUUGACGACGUCCCAAUGAAGCCCCUGCGAACUGUGAUGCUGGUUCCGUGUGACAAGAUGAGUGAAAUCAUGGACGAACUGAGGAAACAUCUGUCUGUCUAGCCCAUUCCCCAUGGACAGGGGUGCGCUUGUUUCUGUAAAAUUACCAGAAACCCAGUGUUGUUUUACUGAAAAACUCAUGACUUUAUUUAGAUUCAGGUCCUCUACAAAAAGUAGGGUUCUGUUGCCCGUGUCUGUGACACAUUUACAAAAUAUCGUUUAAAAAACUUUUGGUCAGGUCACGAGUGGUUGAUGAAAAACCUUCCCAAUAAGACAAACGUGAAGGAGUAAUUUAAAGAACUCAAUAAAAACUUCUAAUUUUUAUUUUUAAA